AUUGGGAUGGUGUUGCCACCUGCACCUCCUCCAACCCCUUGGAAGUUUGUGUAUUCUUCAAGCGUCCCUGCUUCAGUUUCAAGUGCUCCACCACUUCCGCCGCCGCCGCCACCUCCACCACCUCCACUUGUUAAUGCAUCAACUGUUCCAAAGGUUGGUGGUAUUAAGAUUCCUACUGCACCUCCUCCUCCGCCUCCACCUCCACCUAUGGGUGGUACUAUGCUGCCGCCUCGGCCGCCGCCGCCGCCGCCACCACCACCACCACCACCUUCUUAUCCAUAUCAAGGAGUUCAUUCUCCUCCUCCACCACCACCAUUUUCAAGUGGGAUUCCACCUCCCACAACACCCUCAUCGUCAGCACGUGGAACACCACCCCCUCCACGAGCAGCUCCGCCACCUCCUCCUUCACGAGCAGCUCCACCACCACCACCACCACCACCACCACCACCCCCUCCUUUACGAGCGACUCCACCACCUCCUUUACAAGGGUCUCCGCCGCCACCACCGCCACCACCUCAACUACGUGGAGCUCCACCGCCUCCCCCACCACCUCACUUAAGCAGCAUUCCUCCUCCACCACCACCUCCAUUUCGUGGAGCUCCACCUCCGCCACCUCCUCCUUUCUAUGGAGCCCCGCCCCCGCCACCACCUCCUCCAGGGCGUGGAGCCCCGCCCCCGCCGCCUCCUCCUCCAGGGCGUGGAGCCCCGCCCCCGCCGCCUCCUCCUCCAGGGCGUGGAGCCGCCCCGCCGCCUCCUCCUCCAGGGCGUGGAGCCCCGCCCCCGCCGCCUCCUCCAGGGCGUGGACCCCCGCCCCCGCCGCCGCCUCCAGGACGUGGAGCGCCACCUCCGCUUCCUCCUCCAGGACGUGGAGCGCCACCUCCGCCACCUCCUCCAGGAGGUGGAGGCCCACCUCCCCCACCUCCUCCUGGACGUGGAGGCCCACCUCCCCCACCUCCUCCUGGAGGACGUGUUCCUGGCCCGCCUGCUCCACCUAGACCUCCAGGUGCUGGACCCCCUCCACCUCCCCCCUUAGGUGCCAAAGGAGCUGCAACUGAUACAAGAGGCUUAGCUUCUGGAAGAGGGCGUGGUUAUUCACGCCCUCCUGGGAUGGGUUCAACUGCCACAGCACCUAGAAGAUCUUCCUUAAAGCCUCUGCAUUGGAGCAAGGUAACAAGGGCAAUACAAGGAAGUUUGUGGGAGGAGCUGCAAAGACAUGCGGAGCCCCAAAUUGCACCGGAAUUUGAUGUGUCAGAGCUAGAGAGUCUCUUCUCUGCAACAGUCCCAAAAGCUGCUGAUUCUGGUAAAGCUGGAGGAAGACGCAAGUCUGUUGGAUCAAAAACUGACAAAGUUCACCUGAUUGACCUAAGGAGGGCCAAUAACACUGAAAUUAUGCUCACAAAAGUCAAGAUGCCAUUAUCUGAUAUGAUGGCUGCAGUUCUAGCAAUGGAUGAGUCAAUUUUAGAUGCUGAUCAAGUGGAAAAUCUUAUAAAAUUCUGUCCUACGAAAGAGGAGAUGGAACUUCUCAAGAAUUACUCUGGAGACAAAGAAAACCUGGGAAAGUGUGAACAGUAUUUUCUGGAGCUGAUGAAAGUGCCUCGUGUUGAGUCAAAAUUGAGAGUAUUUUCUUUCAAGAUUCAAUUCAACUCUCAGAUAUCAGAAUUUAAGAAGAGCUUAAACACAGUAAACUCUGCAUGUGAAGAGGUUCGAAGUUCCCUCAAGUUGAAGGAGAUUAUGAGGUUCAUUCUAAUUUUAGGCAAUACGUUGAACCAAGGAACUGCCAGGGGUUCGGCAAUUGGAUUCAAGUUGGACAGUCUUCUCAAACUCACUGAUACCCGGGCUUCUAAUAGCAAGAUGACACUCAUGCAUUUUGUUUGCAGGUCACUUGCAGCUACAUCACCAGCGCUUCUAAAUUUUCACCUGGACUUUGUUAGCCUGGAAGCUGCAACCAAGAUACAAUUAAAGUCUUUAGCAGAAGAAAUGCAAGCUAUAAUUAAGGGACUGGAAAAGGUGAAACAGGAGCUGGCGGCAUCAGAAAAUGAUGGUCCUGUCUCUGGAGUUUUUCGUAAGACGUUGAAAGAAUUUGUUUCUGUUGCUGAGACGGAGGUGAAAUCUGUGACAAAUCUUUAUGCAGUUGUGGGUAGAAAUGCUGAUGCACUAGCACAAUAUUUUGGUGAGGAUCCUGCACGUUGUCCAUUUGAGCAAGUUACCGCAACCCUAUUAAAUUUUGUGAGGUUGUUCCGGAAAGCACAUGAAGAAAAUGUGAAGCAGGUUGAAAUGGAAAAGAAGAAAGCUGAGAAGGAGGCUGAAAUGGAGAAGGCGAAGGGGGGACUAGAUCUUACUAGGAAGAGUGGGAAAUAGCUGUGGAUUGAUAUCUUCCUUACCCUGCACGGCAGUUUGAGCUCCUCCGCCCAGCACAGCAGAUUUGUGCCGCAAUGUUUUCCUUUAAAUGGCGGCAAAAUUGCUGCUGAGGAUUGGUCAAAUUUAUCCAAUCCUAGCUCCAUCACGCUCCAUUAUAGCGUGAAAUAAGCCUACAAGGUGAUGUAGUCAAGGUAAAAGAAGCUAUUCCUUGAGGCACGUGGAGCUUAAUUAUGUACAAAAAAAAAAAAAGGUCAUUAAAUCAGAUGAUGAUCAAUGAGUUCCAACACAUUAGAUGUAACACGGAUCCUAUUUUGGCUAAGUUGAGUGGCUGCAAAUGCUGACGUAGCAUGAUUUAUUAAGACGAGGAGUAGGCCCUCUGGCAUCAUUUUCUGGAAGAAUUUUGUAGUCUCAGGUCGAUCCUUCACCACAACAGCUGAUAGGUGAUUUUGAUUGGGUUUGGUGGCUAUUGCCAUUGAUUUGGCAGAGAUUUUCGUCAGAAGCAGAGCGGACGCCUUGAGAAAUGUAAAGCACUGUAGCAGCAUGAAACACCAUGUACAAAUCUCUAACCCUUUGCUAACAUUAGAUUCAAUUCUUUUCUUGUAACAUAUAGGGCAGUGAAUUUAAUCUCUUGGUAGGUUUUAUUCUAGCUAAAAUUUUGACAACCCGUCCUGAAAGAUGUUGUAUAGAUAUUCAGGUUCAGAUAGAGUUAUUAGCUGGCGGGUUUCUCUCAGUGUAAUUGUAUUAUAACAGCGAAAAUAUAGGUUUCAGAAAUUUCUUGUUUCUUCGAA